CACUCACACAAUGGACAGCAACAAGUUUGGCAAGCUGCAGCAGCAAUUUCUUUGCUGUUAUCCCGUCAAUAAGAUGGCCUGGUCGACGCUGGAGCUGCCGCUGGAACUGGAGGCGCAGCGUGCUCUGAUCGCUGCCACCUGUGGGCAUCCGUUGAAUCAGCGAUACCCGGUGCGCCGUAGCUAUCAGGAGGCGUUUGUGAAGCGCCUGAUGCACCUGCUCAAGGAUCACGAGGAGCUGCACGACGACAUCUACGACAGCCUGUGCGGUCAGCUGGCCAAGGCAACCAUAGACGCGUCCACAACUACGGCUGCAUCCCAAUAUGCCUACAAGCACUACAUGCUGCUGCCAGACAAGUAUAUCACGCUGCGUGAAUCCACAAGCUUUGUCAGCGAGGGCACCACCGGCCUGUGCACCUGGGAGGCGGCUUUGGUUCUGGCCGACUAUCUCCUGGCGCAUCCCAGCCUGCUGCAGGGCAAAAAUGUUUUGGAACUUGGCGCCGGUGCUGGCCUGCUUGGUAUACUGCUCAAGCAGCCGGCCCUGCAGCUGCCCGUCGGCCAGGUGCUUAUCACCGAUGGCAGCGCCGCCUGCGUACAGCUGAUGCGCGAAAACAUAGCUUUAAAUUUUGAUUCUGAUCCAAGCGAUGCGGCGACACCGCAAUGCGCACAGUUGCGCUGGCAUGAGAUCAGCCAAUUUCCCUGGUCGCAAUAUGCUGCACCCGAUCUGUUGCUGGCCGCCGAUGUCAUUUACGAUGAUACCCAAUUCUCGGCGCUGCUCGAGGCACUCGACGCCAUCUACGAGCUGCGCGGCAAUCGCUGCGAAAUGCUCCUGGCCAGCACAGUGCGCAAUGUGGAUACCGUGCACGAGUUCAUGCAGCAACUGGAGCAACAUCGAUACCAGGUAACGCCCUGUGCGAAUGUCUCGGCCUGUGCCAGCCAUUUCUGUCGGGAUCACACGGCCGCCGUGCAGAUUGUGUGCAUUAAACGUUAGAACUAGCUUUAAUUAAACUAAACGAAAACAA